UGCAAUAAAACCGGCGCGCGGAGGGCUGCUUCCUCAGAACAGGACCUCCAUCAGAACUCUCUGCCGCCGCUCCAGUCCCGGCUUUUUCUUAUUUAAGAUAGUUUUUGGGAUUGUUUUUACCCUAAAAACUCGGUUUUUAUUCUUCCUAGGAGCGGGUUUUUCCAGUCCGAACAGCUUUUUUAUUCGAAUUCAUCCAUUGAAAAUCAUAAAUCAUCGCGGAUCCGACUGUUUUUUUUUUAAUUAAUUAUUUUUUUGGAAGAAUUCCUCCGGACUCGAGCUGUUUCUGACCACCAGAAAGGAGUUUUUAUUUGGUUUUCAGCGUCCGUCUUGCUGCAGCUCAGAAAUGCCCAACAAGAAACACACCGGCGCCGAAAUGAAAAGUCUGGGUGCCCCCCAGGAAGACGACAGCAGCACCAACAGCAGCGAGUUCCCCUACCCCACCACCUUCAUCAAGAAGAAGGUUCCUCUGGAGGGGCCGUACCCGGAGUUCGACCCCGAGUGUCAGAACUUCCUGCCCGAACACAACCCAAGCAAGAAGAAGUAUGAGACGGAUUACCACCAGGGCAGCGCCUCCUUCGGCAUGUCCGUCUUCAACCUCGGGAACGCCAUCAUGGGCAGCGGCAUUCUGGGGCUGUCCUUCGCCAUGGCCAACACGGGCAUUGCGCUCUUCGUAAUCCUCCUGGUUGCCGUGGCGAUCUUCUCGCUCUACUCCGUCCACCUGCUGCUGAAGACGGCCAACGAAGGAGGUGCGCUGGUUUACGAGCAGCUAGGGUACAAAGCCUUCGGCAUUCCCGGGAAGCUGGCCGCCUCCUGCUCCAUCACCAUGCAGAACAUCGGAGCCAUGUCCAGCUACCUGUACAUCGUCAAAUACGAGCUGCCCAUCGUCAUCCAGUCCUUCACGGGCGCCAGCGGCGGAGAGUGGUACGUCAACGGGGACUACCUGGUGCUGAUGGUGUCGCUGGUCAUCAUCCUGCCGCUGUCCAUGCUCAGGAACCUCGGUUACCUCGGUUACACCAGCGGGCUGUCCCUGCUCUGCAUGGUCUUCUUCCUGAUCGUGGUCAUCAUCAAGAAGUUCCAGAUCCCGUGCCCUUUGACCGCCUUGGAGGCCGCGAACGAAACCCUGAGGAACCUCUCGGUUUUUGUCAACGCCAGCGCCGCGGACGACGGCGAGGACAACUGCAAGCCCAAGUACUUCGUCUACAACUCGCAGACGGUCUACGCUCUCCCCAUCCUGACCUUCGCCUUCGUGUGCCACCCCGCCAUCCUGCCCAUGUAUGAGGAGCUCAAAGACCGCUCCCGCAGAAAGAUGCAGAACGUGGCCAACGUGUCCUUCCUCGCCAUGUUCAUCAUGUACCUGCUGGCGGCGCUGUUUGGAUACCUGACCUUCAACAUCCACGUGGAGCCGGAGCUGCUGCACACCUACUCCAAGUACUACAAGUCCGACGUCCUGCUGCUGAUCGUGCGCCUGGCCGUGCUCGCCGCCGUCACCCUCACCGUCCCCGUGGUCCUCUUCCCGAUCCGUACGUCGGUCAACCACCUGCUGUGCGCCCAGAAGGAGUUCAGCUGGAUCCGCCACGCCAUCAUCACCGUGGUCCUGCUGGCCGGAACCAACAUCCUGGUCAUCUUCGUCCCCAGCAUACGCGACAUCUUCGGCUUCAUCGGUGCCUCCGCCGCCGCCAUGCUCAUCUUCAUCCUGCCCUCGGCCUUCUACAUCAAGCUGGUGAAGAAGGAGCCCCUGAAGUCCAUGCAGAAGAUGGGGGCGGUGGCGUUCCUGGUGUGCGGGAUCUUCGUCAUGUGCGGCAGCAUGACCCUCAUCAUCGUGGACUGGGCCAACAACGCCUUUCAGAAGAACGGACACUAAGGGGCGGAGCCUGAUCCGACCUGUGGAAGCACAUUCCCAGAGAAUGUUUCAGAACUCUGUACAGUUUUAGACCACCGACAGACCCCCCCCCCCUCUUUUUUUUAAUGUGCUUUUAUUUUGAAAUAGUUUUUUUUUUUAUAGUUAAGGUACAGCUCAGAACAAAAACAUGGACGUGCCUCCUGCCGGAAAACACUAAGCUGUCGAGUUCAGCCGCGCUCAGGAACCGGCUGUGGGCGGGGCUAUGAGCACCGCCGCUCGAUCUGCACCACUUGAAGGUUUCGCCUCACCUCCUCCUCAUCCAGAGGCGUUCACAACUCCGUUAACCGAUGUGUUUUUUUUUCUUUUUGCCAAAACCGGUUUGUAAAUCACCUGUGAGUAUUGAGAAGCACCUGUAGAGUUCAGCACACGCCUCCCGGAGGAGGAGCUUCAACAUUUCUGGUCGUCACGAAGAAGGGAGGAGUCAGCAGGAGUGAGCGCUCCCUCGCAGGUUUUUUUAAAAAAAAAAACAAGUGGAGGAGCGGUCUGACGGCUCCUCCGACGUCACCAACCGCUUUGUCGACCCUGUAUUUAUGGAAGACCGUCAGCAGUGUAAUUUAAUCUAUUUUAAUAUAUUUAUAUGAUGUAUAUAUGUACAUAUCCGUAGACGGACUGCAAAAAGCUGUUUUUAUUGCAUUGGAGCUGCAGAACAGGAAGCCCUCCAUGUGAUGCUGCUGCUGCGAUCAAAGUCAUCCCACACUGAAGCUUCACAUGAAAAACCAAAACCUUUUCGUGUUUUUUAUACGUUUGCCCCAAAGAGAAGCAGCCAAAUGUUCCUCUGGAGACGGACCACCGCUUGACCUCAGGGGCACGGAGGGCUCGGACCCCCAAUGUUACUCUUGUUUCAGUGAAACACUGUAAAUUCUGUAGCAAAUGUCCAAAAAUAAAAUCAAAAAUCAUCCAGAG